ACCAUCCUUUCACUUCUCACCUAAAAACCAAGUUUCCAACAUUCAAGUAUCCUCUGCAUAUAUUCUCAUACUUGUUCUCAGUUCUCUUCGAGUUUAACUCACAAACACCGUUUCUCUACCUUAGUCCCUCAGAAACACGAGACAUGGCCCCCGAGCUUGUUCCAACCGUUGCUAAGUCUUCUGUCGGGUUCACCAAGCCAGCGAAUACAAAAAGACGUGCCUACGUGACAUUUCUCGCUGGAAACGGUGACUACGUGAAAGGAGUUGUUGGCCUCGCCAAAGGGUUGCGGAAGGUGAAGACGGCGUACCCGUUAGUGGUGGCCGUGCUCCCUGACGUGCCGGAGGAGCACCGUCGGAUCUUGGAGUCUCAGGGCUGCAUCGUCCGUGAGAUCGAACCGGUUUAUCCACCGGAAAACCAGACUCAGUUUGCCAUGGCUUAUUACGUCAUCAACUACUCCAAGCUCCGUAUAUGGGAGUUUGUAGAAUACAGCAAGAUGAUAUACUUGGACGGAGACAUUCAAGUUUAUGAAAACAUAGAUCACCUAUUUGAUCUACCUGAUGGUCAUUUGUACGCUGUAAUGGAUUGCUUCUGUGAGAAGACUUGGAGUCACACCCCACAAUACAAAGUUGGGUACUGUCAGCAAUGCCCUGAGAAGGUGCAAUGGCCCACCGAAUUAGGUCAACCUCCUUCGCUUUACUUCAAUGCUGGCAUGUUUUUGUUCGAGCCCAGCAUGGCCACCUACCAUGACCUGCUAAGGACAGUGCAAGUCACUACUCCUACCUCGUUUGCGGAACAGGAUUUCUUGAACAUGUACUUUAAGGACAUGUACAAGCCUAUCCCUCUGGUGUACAAUCUCGUCCUUGCCAUGUUGUGGCGUCACCCGGAGAAUGUUGACCUUGAUAAAGUCAAGGUUGUUCACUACUGUGCAGCGGGUUCGAAGCCAUGGAGAUAUACCGGUAAGGAAGAGAAUAUGCAGAGGGAAGACAUAAGGAUGCUGGUGCAAAAAUGGUGGGAAAUUUACAAAGACCCUUCACUUGAUUACACUAAUACUUUGAGUGGAACUGAAGGUUCAGUAGAUGGUGUUGGCAUUGAGCCAUUCGUGCAUGCUCUAUCAGAAGUUGGUCAAGUUCAGUAUGUCACAGCGCCCUCAGCAGCUUAGAUGGGGCUGCAGGUGUUGCUCGUAUUCAUUUGAUGAGCUAGAAUGAUGUUAAUAAAAAUAAAGAAAAGCUAUGGAAAAAAAAAAAAAGGUUAGAAACAAGGACGGGUAGGUGUAGGACUUUGCGGUCAAAAGAAGGGAGGUUUCAUUCUGCAAACACGGGAACGGUCGGUUGUCAUAAACAGAUUGAAGGGAGCCCUCCAGCUUUUUAUAGUUGUAUUUUUUAUUUUAUUUUUGGUAUUUUUCUUAUCUUUUUUCCUCUGUUUUAGGGUCUGUUAAGGUUGAUGGGUCUGUUAUCUGGUCUUUUUUUCAACGUAUAGUGUGAUUUCUGUCUUCGCCUUUCUUUUUUGGACUUUGCAAUUGUAAUAUUUCGUGGCAAUACUUAAUGAUAAAGCAAAAGUUGAACGAAAUGACGUGUCCAUUUAAUGGUGUAACGGGUGGCUUGUCUGUUUCCUGUGGAAUUGUAGGGGGUGGAAUGAAUUUAGCUAAUGACAUCACGUUGCAUCUGUCCUCCACAUUAAAGCAAAUCUUUGAUUGAACAAGACGCUGGAUAGAUUGCUUUCGCAAGUUG